AUGCGCGCUACCCAAGGACACGCGCCGCGCCUCAGUCUGGCGGGAGGCAGCGCCGCGGCCGCCUGCCCUCUCGGACCCAACCUCCAUGUCCCACGAUGCGGAGUGCCGCAGUGGCCGACGCAUUUUGAAAGGGAUAAAAUAUUACAAACCGAGAAUGAACGCGGUUUAUUACCGACUUCUUCUACUCUUAAGAAAGCUCAACGAAGAGUCAGCUUUAAUCUUAACACUUCAAAGGCUGAAUUUGAAAGUAAUGAAUCGUGGUAUGAUUCUAUCUAUGGAAUAUCAGGUAUAAUGAUGGCGACUUCGGUAGAAAAUAUAAUUGCGGACGCUGAUGAAAAUCUUGACGAUCAAGAUUAUUAUCCAUCUUGGUCUGAAAUAUUAAUGGAGUGCAAAGUAAAUCAUAGUAAUAUACGCAGCAAAGAAUCUUCCUUGACUAGUGAAGAGUUAUUAAGUCGCUCACAUGUUGCUGAUGCUAAGGUUAUCGAAUUAGACAAUUCUAUCGACGAAGAAACUGAAUAUGCAAGAUUUGCUAUUUAUAAAAUACACCAAACUAUGACAAUACAAGGACAUAUGCUUGAUUCGUCAUCAAUGCCUCCAGAGAACGAACUGCAGAAGAAUUCAGACCGCGUGCUUUCUGAGCACGAAUUGCGAGUCCAGAGAUCGUUGCAGAAGCUCAAUGUGCCGGAAUGGUACAAAAACGCACCAGCGCCCCGAGAGGGCUUCCUUCUCCGCAAACGCCUGUCUGACGCGUCCGCUUCGGCGGCGCGCUGGAGCGGACUCAACUCGAAGACUACAUCGCUGGGCAGCCUUGGAGGGAACCAGCAACCACCCCCACCCCAGCUGUCACCACACACCACCAGCUUCGGCCGAUGGUCUACUAGCCGGCUUAAUUCUAACCAAACAUCCCCGUGCUCGUCAACACGAAGCAGCAUUAGGGGCACAAGUCCUUUGUGCUCGCCCUCAGCGCGCUCUUCGUUCAGCGCUCGACAGCCCUACCUCGGCUGGAGAAGUCAGGAGCGGCUCAACAGCACACCGCGGACACCACAUGAGAGGCUAGCAUCUUCGUUACUCCAAUCAACACCUAAAUCAGAGGCAUCUGAAGCGUCGAAAGCAUCAGAAGAGAUCCAGACUUCGAUCAAAGAAGUGACGUCUGCGAUAGUACACUACGUGUCAGGAUUGGAACCAGCCAAUGGUGACAUCGACAGGCAACCUUCACCGAGGUCCAGUCAGAAGUUAUAUUGGCUCGAGAGCUCCUUUGUUGGCACGAAACCACUGGAAUCGCCGCAGACGCCGCUGGUGGUGUCGGAGACCGUGACGCAGCCGCGGCCGCCGUCAUCACUGCGCCUCGACUACCGUGCCGCGCCGGACUGGCAAGAUUCCCAACGUUCCCUGAACUUAGGUAUCACACGACCGUCUCCUGGCUCCACUACUCUUGAAGACGUGUUGGAUUCACUCUUGGGGUUGCCGUCACAGCCAGCGAGGAUACCAACGCCUCAACCCAGCCCUAGGAAGGCUUCAAGUCCCUAUUAUUUGAUGGGUGGCAAGAGUCCUCGGUACGAACAACUGGCCAGUAGCGGGCAUAGCAGCGCCUCCCCCGCUUCGCGGUUCCUGGGCACACCCAGCGAAGGGCACAGCUCUAUCACGGACAGCCCCGAACACGACCGACCAGGCAAGGAUACAGUUGAUAAUCUUGGCGCCAUGCAAGAAACGAGACGGCCGCGUUCGGUGCAAGGUGAGCACUCUCGACGGAGAAGUGAGCCCUUUGCCCAAACAAGUGUGUCUCUCGACCGGCGUACCAGCCUCGAUUCCGCAGCCUUACGAACUACCGAUGCUCACUUAACUCACCAUGAUUCCAGAGCUUCCCUGGUUUCUUUGCAGACUGAAAAUAGUACAGACGAAGCCUUCGUCAAAUGUAAAUAUCCAAAAUGUCCUUCUCGAGCCCCAUACCCCGACGCCAAACGACAUUACAAGACUUGUCAUAAUUGCACUACGAUGUAUUGCUCAAAGGAAUGCCGCAGGGCACAUUGGGAAAAACAUAGAAAAGUUUGUUUACACACUCGUGCAAGUACUCUAUGCAGACAAAUUAUAUCAGCGGCCAAGGAAGAUGCCGACGCUUUGCAUCAAAUUAGCACCAUAGCUCACAAAGGCUAUCUAGCCCUAGGAAGAGGUGUUGUUAAAGUAUUCUUUACAAGUCCAGAAGCAGCGGAAAAGUUCACCACGCACGGAUUCCAGUAUUUAAGUGAACCGGAAUUUAUGAAGUGGACGUCUCUUCAGCCGAAUGAAAUGGGUGUAGAAUUGUACACUGAAGUAGUCAAACUUUGUAAAGCUUACAAUCCUGAGACGAGAGUAAUUUUAUAUGUGGCUGUGUGUAUUAUCAGUGAAGUGCCGACAAAAGGUGCCGUCAAAUGGGAAAGGCAGAUGGUGUCGAGAUGUGCCAAACUACGUCUCAGUAAAUCGGUUACCGCCGCUAUACAAGAACAAAAUAGAAGGCGACAUAGAAGAGACAGUAAGUCCACGCCAGAAGACAGAGAAACCCUAAUACUGACUUCUAAAUUAAGUAACGCGGGUGAGAAAAACGCAGCAACAGCGCACAAGUUUAGACAAAUAUGUUUCCAAAACAUAUCGAAAGAGCUCGAAAGUAGAGGAGUGAAUUUGAAAAAGCAUUUUCCCGAAGUCUACUCAAGAUUAGGAGCGUAUGUGGACGGUACGAGUGAUAGAUUUAUACCGAUGACCAUUUACCCGAAAGAUGUGACAAGUGGGAAGUCAUUCAUGUGUGUGAUCAUGCCGGAUAGUGAAGUAGAGAGCGUAACACCUGUAGAUGGUAAAGUAACAACAGUAGACGUAGGUGUAGACCGGUCACGACACCAGCUGUCUACUCCCAUGUGAGAGUGUUGUAUAAAACGUAGGUCGUUACAGUAUGCCGCUAUGAAAGGCAGGUAACCUAAUAUCUACCGAUAAUGGUAGCAAUGAAAAAGACAUUAUGGUUAUUGGUGAUGAUGUAUUCCCCAGUACCAGUUCUUCUUAAAUAUUAUUUAAAUUUUAAUCUCCGAAUAUGAAUCUCGUGUGUGAAAUGAAAGUAAUGUUAAUGUGCCCUUAAAAUUGUAUUAUGAUUAUGAUUUUAGAUAAAUAUAUGAUGCUACAUGCUAAUUAUAAAUAACGCGUUUUAAAACUGCGCAUGGUUUUUUCAAUAAGUAUAAAUGAAUAUCUAAUUAACUGUGGCGAGAUGUUUAAAUACAAGUCAAAAGAAAAUGUAAAGCUAUUUAAGACGCGUGUAAACAAAAGAAAGUUUUCUAACUUUGUACAAAAGGUUAAGAAUUAAAUGAGUAUGUAGGUAUUUGCUGGCUUUUAAAAAUGAUAUCGGAAAAUUUUGUAGGAGUAACGACAAACUUUUUGAACAAAGUUAGUUAAAACUAUAUCCCCAAAUAUAUUUAUAUGGCAUGUCCCGAGCAGUGCUUAUUCAUUAUACAUACUACAUAUUAUAUUAUUCCAUAUUUACCUCUUGUUACUUUCCCGUUACUAAAUGUGCACUUAUGUUAGAUAAAUAUUUAAUUUAAGAAAAAUAUAAGACGUUGUGACGUGUGUUAUAAAAGUACAUUUUUAUUCUAAGGAUUUAGAGAUUGUUUCUACAAUUUUGACAAUAGUUUAAAGUAUAAAAUUAUAUUUAUUGCAAAAGCCUUUAUUGGCACAGAGGGGUGUAUUUAAGAUUUUUUUAAAAGAGAUGGAGUAUGCUUUUUAUUAUUCAGAAAAAGUGAUUUUUAUACAAAACGUAAGCUUAUAAUGCAUGCGAGCGACUAGUGAGAAUUAAUACAAAUAAAACAAUUCUAGUGUUUUGUCUUUAGAUAGAUGAUUCAAUAAAGAUUUUUUUAAUGGAAAAUUUACAAGUUUAGGUAUUUUUAGCAAAAUAUUUUUGUUGUGUACGAGUCUGAUUGUUUUAAAUAACAAAAUGGCUCUCACUUGUAAAGUGAUGUGGCGUAUUGGAAGAGAUUAUUGCAGAUAACCCAAAAAAUAUUUAAAAACGUUUAUUCAUUAAUCUCUACAAUAAUAUCUUCUAUAGAACAGAAGUAUCAAAGUAAGUACCUAUUGUAAUUUGUACGUCACAUCACAAUUUAAAGUUUUAGGUACUCAUCGGCUGGAGCGAGAGCGGGCAGUAAGGAUAUGCAAGUGUCAAAUAUUGCUAACCUUUUACAUUCCAUUAAACCAUUUAAAAAGGCACAAACAUAUAAAUAAUAACGUAAUUUAAAAACAAAUAUGGUGCCAAUAUAAAACAAAAAAUCAUUCUUGAACAGUAAAAAUAUAACUUUUAAGUGUUACCUUUCAAUAUUCUUCCAAAAAUACGAUAUGAAACUGAAAGAAGUGAGUUUUUCUGACAAAGUAUGUAGGACCUGAGAGAAAUUCAGUUUAUUUUGAUAAAGGAAAAUACACCUAAUCACAUAACGCAAUACGUAUCUAUAUUGCAAAAAGAAAUAUAAUAUGAAUCGUAUAUUUACAUAAAGCCAUGAAUAAAUAAAAAUGUAUCUAACUUGUAAUGAAAAAAGGCUGAAUUUCCCUCAGAUGCGGCGCUGGUAACAAAUAAACUUCCAAAACGGGCAUUCUCUGUGGUGACUAAGCUGUAAUAAUGUGUAAUUAUUUAAUAUUGUUGUUAUGUGAUAAAAAAAAGACAAGAUGUGUUUAAUGUUUAUCGAUUCUGUCCCAUUCUGCGAUCAAAUAGAAUUUUGGAUAAAACAACGCAAGUUUUAAAAUAUACCUGAAAAAAACCUUUUCAUAAUUGGGUGGCUGCAAAAUUCUCAUGUUUGUCAGCUGUAUUGAAUACAAUACAAUACUAUUUUACCCUGUAAUCGAUCUCAAUAAAAAUCGAGAUUCUGUUUAAUCGCAAAACGAGGCAAACCUUAGUAAUAAAAACCUAUAAAUGUUGUGUUAUCUGCAUCUAAACCCAAACUGUCGAUAUAUAAAUGCCUCAUCCAUCAUCCUUUUAUAUUUAAGUAGUUCUUGUACGCAUUUCUCGCAGUUGAUGAAAAUCAAUAGGUAUAUCAACCUAUCCAAUAUUAAUCAACAUUUAGGUACCUUUCCGUGGUUCCUUCAAAAUUUGGGCAACAUAAAUAUGUAUUUUUUAUAAUAUCAUGAAUACCUAAGACUACUUAUGUGUUGAAAAAAACAUAUUUUAUUACUAUACUUAAUCUAAAAGGCCCACGAUGAUGCGAUUAAAAAAAUAAUGUCUUGACCUACCUAUGUAUGUAAACUAACGCUCAUUAACGUUUUUCUAUAAUUCUAUAUUAAAAUUAUAAUUUAGACAAUUUUAAAACUUAUCUACUAUAUUAUCUUCUUGUAAACGCCUAUAAAGAUUUUCAUACAUUAUUAUAUUCAUAAUGUUGCCAUAUCAAUUGUUUUUCAUAGUCUGGAAUCCAGAUGUUUUAUCUAGUUGUCCCUUAUGUAUUUCAAAUAAACGGCCCAGCUAUUAAAAUUUGUUUUAUUUCAAU